AUGGUGUCGUACUUCGCUCAUUUCGCUUUCCUGUUUUCUCGCCUUUUCUUGGCUGGCAGUGUUCUCGGAUCUGGUUCCAAUUGCUCAAGCUCUCGCGAUCAUGUGGAUCCAGUCUCUCUCAAGUUCAUCUCGGAAUGCUCCUACAUGACCUACUGCUCGGCAGCACAAAACGGAACAUGCCUUCCUAGACUCUGUCGACGUGACGAAUUUCCCUUUGGAUACUCUGAAAAAGAUGCGCUUCCGCCUCUGUGCCCUGCAGGAACUUUUUGUCCUGACGAAGGAAGCGGAUGCUGGCCACUAGCUACUGUUGGAGGCGCGUGCCAGCUGAACAGGGACGAGCAGUGCGCACCACCAGGUACUUCGACAGACCCUACAUCUGAUUUGUAUGGUUCUCUCUGUUUGAAGUCAAUAUGCAUGUACACUAAUAGGACCCUCGGACAGCCCUGCAUCGCGGAGAACACUACUUAUCAAGACAGCUUCAAUGGGCAACAAUAUACCAACACGAUAAUCAGAGACAACUGCAUGGCUCCUGAUUACUACUGCGGUCAAGUCAGCAUGGUCUGCGAAGCUGCUAGGGCUCUUCGGUAUCCUUGUCAAGCGCAGGAAGAAUGCACGUCGAGAAACUGUGAUCGAGGAUUCUGUGCCGACCCGCCUGAGGCUCCCUUGAAAAUACAGUCUUGGCAAUAUUCUCUAACGGCCGUCUGUAUCAUCGGAGUCCUAGUUGUCACGGUCAUGCUGCUUGCUCUUGUCCAUAAGCGUAACCGUUUGCAGCACUAUCGAGCACUUCGAGAGUACUACGAUGAACAAUUAGGCCUUCGCCGUGCUAUAGUCUCUCUACAUUCCGCCGCUGCGUUUGAAGUGUAUUCAGACAAGACACUGUAG